CAGUAGAAAUCUGAACAGUCAUUUUCUACAUUUCUUUCUCUCUCUCUCUCUCUCUCCCCCCCCACCCUUUCUCUCUCCCCAACCCCCACUCCUUCAGGGCCAAAACCUGAUCAUCUUUUGAGUGUUAAACACAUCCCUCCCAUUCCACUCACACUGGCUUUCCAAACCUCUCUUGUUCCUGCCUCCACAUGUCUCUCUUUCUUCCAGGCACAAGAAAGAUCGAAGACAGCGCACAAGACUGGAGUCCUUAUGUGUAAAUUCCAAGUCGCUGCCACACAGACGCGAUGUCAAGAAGGUACAGCAAUGCCAUCCUCUUCCUCAGGCAGCUCAGAAAAUUUGCUGUGUCCAUAAGAAGCUGCCAGACCCGCCGAGCUUUUCCAGCAACUGCUCGUUUUGUUGCAGGUUUUUCCGAUAUCUCCUCAUGGCUCGUUCUGGGAGGGUUGAGAGUCUUUGGAUUUCCCCAGGGCCAGUGGAGUCCAAAACUGGAGGGGCACAGGUUGAAGAACCCUGCCGUCUCCCCACUGGAUAUUGCUGAAUCAAUGACGAAGCCUGUUCACCUGAAGGUUGUCCUUCUGGGCGAUUCUGGGGUGGGGAAAUCAUCCCUCAUGAACCAAUACGUGAACAAGCAUUACACCAAUCAGUACAAGGCGACUAUUGGAGCGGAUUUCCUCAACCGUAACAUCACUGUCGACGGCAAAAAUGUGUGUUUGCAGCUCUGGGACACAGCUGGCACUGAGCGUUUCCAUUCGCUGGGCUCGAUCUUGUAUAGGGCUGCGGAUUGCUGUGUAUUGGUGUUUGAUGUGACCUCAGAGGCCUCCUUCAAAGCACUGGAUAGCUGGAGAAAGGAGUUCCUGCUCCAGGCUGACCCCAGUGACCCAGACAACUUUCCAUUCCUCGUCAUUGGGAACAAGGCCGACCUGAGCAGCAGCAGAGAGGUUGUCUCAAAACAGGCAGAGAAAUGGUGCGGUGCACACCGUCUAAAGUACAUCGAGACCAGUGCCAAGGAAGCACGGAACGUGGAGGCGGCAUUUCAAGAUGGCGUACGACUCGCUUUGAAGCGGCUGAGAAGUGAGGACCAGAUUGCAGACCAAUUUGACCAUGUUCAGCUGACACCAGAGGAAGACAGACAGCGGAACUCCUGUGCUUGCGGCUGAACACGAGGCAGCUUUGCUUCUAACACCUAUCUGCCAUCUCUGGUGGCUGAUGUGCUGACCCAGCUGCCCUCGCUUGCCUCCCACUUACUGUCUCCACCUUGCCCCAGGCUCCCGUCCUCUCUAUCAGUCUUUCCUCCUUCACAGGCAAAACCCUAUCACCCCUUCCAAUGACAGCUUGCUGUGUCCCUCAGCCAUCCCGUAUCAUUCCAGGAACAUCCCCCAGCAAAGGAAGGACCAGACUAUUCACUGCACUUUCAUGUUAGCCGCUGGGAUCUGCUCAUUCAUUUUGUGAAGAAUUUAAAUUAAUUGCGAACAAAGAUGAACUAGAACACAGAACACUAAAGUUGGACUAGAACAAAAACAGAAGUUGCUGGAAAAGUUUAGCAGGACUGGCAGCAACUGUGAAGAAAAAUUCAAGGUUAACAUCUAAACGUUCUGAGGAAGGGACACCAGACCCGAAACAUUAACUCCAAUUUCUCUUCACAGAAACUACCAGACCUGCUGAGCUUCUCCAACAACUGCUGUUUUUGUUCUCGACUUACAGCAACUGCAGUUCUUUUGGUGUUUACUAAAGCAGGACUGUCAGUGCAGAGAUCUGAGAGAUGUUCUGGGGACCCAGGUUUGAAUCCUGCCACGACAGAUGCUGGAAACUGAAUUCAAUAAUAAUAAAAAAAUCUGAAUUGAGUCUGACAAUC